AAUCCUUCGCUGCCAUGCCUGGCUCACCUAGUGUUGACACCCCCACUGAGCACAGUGACGCUGAUGCCACACUUGUCUGGCCGUGCCCAAUGUCUUGCGACGCUGUCGCCAUGCUCGCUCGUCCUCGCCCAGCCUCCAACGGUGCCAACUAUGGCAUGCCCUCUCCUCUGUGAUUGGUGGUGGCUAAGGCGAACUCGCCAUCCCAUAGUGUCUUGCCCUCGAUGCCAAUCUGGCCCCUGCUUCGCUUACGCCUACUGCACAUUUUGCCUCGUCGUUGCCCGCUGCCUUGCCAACGCCCACCAGGGACAUCACCUUGUCGACGCCCUCUUGAGCUCAUCCGCUGAUGCCAACUACUUCAGCACCAUCAGCCUCCUCUCUGAUGUCAAUGGCCUCUGGCUUUUCUCUUCCUUCAUUCGAUAA